AUGGGUGUUUUUGUGCGUCGCGACAACAUCAAUCUCAUCACGAAUCAUCGACGAUCAAUGGGACAGCGGCAAGCUAAACAACACAUGCAGGCUGGCGUCAAACUUUAUCACCAACGACAUUACGCUCAGGCUAUCAACAAAUGGAGGCAGUCGCUAAACAGGUUAAACAAUGCAGAAGACCGAUUCAUCACUCUCGGAUACCUUGCACAAGCGCUUUGCGAUCAAGGAGAAUACGAAGGAAUGCUUUCUUAUGCUCUAUCACAAAUGCAAUUGGCAACAGAUCAGAACGAUUCAGCGAUGAAGUGCGAGGCUUUUCUGAAUCUUGCAAAGGCUUACGAGCGAUUAGCAGAUUUUACAAAAGCACUACAGUACGGUAAAGCGUCAUUAGAACAUCCUUCAAUGGAUCCGAGAACACCUGGGUACGCACAUUUGACAAUAGCGCUUGCACACUUGGGAAUGUCUCAAUUUCAACAGUGUCUAGAAAGUUUUGAGUCAGCGAUGAACGUGGCCAAUGAGACAUCAGAUCGAUUACUGGAACUUCAGAUUUGUGUCGGACUAGGAUCGCUUUUCACAUUAUUGAGAGACAUCACAAAAGCAUUAAUAUUCCUUCGAAACGCUCUCGCAAUCGUUCAGUCUGUUACGGUGGAUGAUGUUCAUGCCAAGUAUCGAUGUCUGAUUCUGUAUCAUCUGUCAGUUGCACUCCGGAUGAAAGGAAGUCUGGUGGAUGCAAAAGAGGCUUGUGAUGAAGCUUCCCAGUUAGCAGUAGAAAUGGGAAACAGAGCAAUCCAUGCGAGGUGUAUGUGCAGUUUGGCAGACAUUUACAGAGAAUUAGGAGAGAGUGAAGCCAAGGAAACCAUCACGAAGUCAUGGGCUAGAUAUGAGGAUGCGUACCGGGUAAUGAGAGGAGCCAACGACAAAAUGGGAGAGGUACUGGUGUUAUCCUCAAUGGCCAAAAGCGCAUCUGAAAGUCGAUCUCAUUAUACGGGACAAUGUGAAUGUCAAGCGAUUCAGUUGAACAAAAAGUGUAUUGAGAUCGCCAAUCAAAUUGGAUGCAAGCAUGUUGUUCUGAAAUGUCACCUGCGACUGGCAGAAUUAUAUUCUCAGUUGAACGACGAUGAUUCUGAAGAGAUGGCUCGAAGAGCAGCAUCUCGAUUGACACAAGAAAUGCAAUUAUUCUGCAACUUCUGUGGUCAACGUUAUGGAUUAAAAGACGAAAGUUUGCAAGCUCUUCGAUGUUCCCACAUUUUCCAUGAAAAAUGUCUACACACGUACUUGUUGCAAAGGACGGAUCAAAAUUGUCCGAAAUGUAGAUGUCGAGCUGUGUUAUCUGAUAAUAUUUCGAUUAGAAGUUCGAUAGCAUCAACUGCAGAUGUACAGAGUCCUAGUACAUCAUUUGCUCCACCUGGUGGUGUUGCUACUCCUCUUGUCUCCGUUGCUGCUGAACUUGGAGAUAUCACACCUCAAGCCACGUUGACACGACGACCUCCUCAACAAGACAAGAUUCUUCGUGGAGCUGAAAAAGAUAUCGAUAGAGUUGAUCGAAGUCUCGCCAGGCUGAAAUCACAAACAACGGCAAAUUCGUGUGCUGCAGUUCCUGUUCCAUCUCCCGAAGUUCCAUCAACAACAACGUCGGGAGCAUCUGAACCGAUUGCCUCUACUUCUUCGGCCGCUCCGAUACUGUCAAAUCAAACGAAUCACAAGCCGCCUCCUCCGCCCAGGAAACCUUGCUGUUCUCAGGCUGCACUUCCUCCAUCGUCAAUCGUUGCUCUUCCACCUGCAAUGCCUCUGGCUGAAGAUGGUCCAUUAGUAAUAACACAUACACCUACAGUAACAGAUGUUUAA